AUGACUUAUGACAAUCGUGAUAUGAUACCAACGACGGCGAAACCAGUGCGAUAUUCUUAUUUAGAGAUAAAAGAAGCACAGCGCGUGUGUGGGGAAAAGAUGAUGGUGGCAGCAUUACGUGAAUGUGGAUCAGUAUCAGACGCUCAACAGCAGAUUUUUCGAGCGCAUGUGAAUGAUUUGUGCGCAACAGUCUUUGCAGCAGCAUUACGGAAAUAUAACCCUGAAAAUCAAGAGGAGGUGGCACCAGUGGAUGAGGAAUUAGCAAUGAAACUCAAGCAAAUGGAGACGAGAUUGAAGGAAAAACAAAAAGCUGUCAAAAAGCUUCAGGAACAAGUACCGAGGAUGGCGGCAGCAAAUGCACGCGACGAAUUAAUGAAGGCUCGUAAACGCCAUGCAAAUGUGCUUGUAACAGAGCUGAAACUGACGGAGGGUGUCGGGUUGGAGUUGACUGAAGAACAGAUUGAGGCAUUGAAGGCAGCUUAUAUCAAGACGGCGUCUUCGAUUGCAAUUACAAGUGCCAAGAUGUCCCAAGUUAGGAGCCAGACAAUCGAAACCAUUAGUAUUGUGGAACAGGCGAUGAAGCGGCCAAAGACGGAAGUCGAUCUUGCCAUGGAAAACAGUCCAGUCAAGCCAAAAGCGCUUUUGAGCGUGCAGGAAAAGAGCAGUCUACAGCAGCCGUCUCCUCUUCGUACGCGUCUCGCACUUCAACUGAGCGCAUCCAAGAACGUGUAG